AUGUUCGCCGUCCGCAGAAGCGCAGCGAGGGCCGCCCAGGCCCCGCGCGCCACCAUCGCCCGCCAAUCGCGCCGCCCCGCCUCGCACGACGCCCACCAUCACGCCGACGCCCACCACGGCCCGAAGGAGGAGCACUUCAGCACGGGCUUCUACGUCGCCAUCAGCGCCAUCCCCGCCGGCUUCCUGCUGUACCAGUGGACCGGCACCCCGAGCGACCCCGUCGGCGGCCGCAAGCCCUACUUCACCCGCAUGGUCGACAUGUACGCCGACUACCGUGCCACCUGGGCCGAGCGCAACAAGCUGCACACCGAUGCCAUCGAGCAGGCCGCCUUCGACCGCCACCUCUUCCUCAACGCCACCCCGCGCCGCCACGUCGACCUGACUUUCCCCGAGGCAUUCAACUCGGGCUCGCCGUACAACGUCCCCGCCGGCUCCCAGGCCGACCUCACCAAGGUCAUCCAGCACUACGAGAAGGCCAACUACGAGGAGAACGCCAAGAAGCUCGAGGCCCUCCGGAACGGCACUCUCAAGGCCGAGCAGGACCCCACCAAGCUGGGUGGCGCCAGAGCUCCCACCGGCGUCCCGCCGUCGCCCUCUUAG